AUGGAGGCUGUUGGAUAUGCCGACGCACUCAUUAUGCGGCUUUUGUCGAACGUUCGCACCCUGCGCAGGCGAGUCCGGGAUCGUCGAGUUUUCGGUGUCGCUGAAUUGUUUCUGCUAGCUAGUGCGCGGGUUUCUGGGGCUGCUUUGACGGAAGCGUGCGACACGCGCUGGUCCCCUGCGAGUGAUCCUCCGCGCCGCAGAGGCAGGCGUUUAUGCGUUUAUGCGUUUAUGCGUUUCCCUCCAGAGAUCUUGCCAGCGGUAUUCUCGAAGACGCCUCUGCGAUACGAGUUGCGGCACUCCAGUGCUGGCGACGGGGCGAAAGCUCACGCUGGCCUGCGAAAUGUUCUGUCGAUACACCUCGCUCGGUCUCAGUUCCUCUUCGCGUCCUUCUCCCGUCUCGUUUCUCUUCCACUCAAACGGGGCAUGUGGGAACGGCCACCCGAACGAUCCUGCGAGACGAGACUGCUGCGGAGGACGGAGCGAAGGUUGACUGUUGUACGCUAA